AUGGCGGAGACGGCGGAGGCGAURGCGGGAGGGGAGGGGAGCGAGCCGACCUCCGAGGAGUUCGUGUACGGCGAGGAGGACUUCGUGCUGCAGGCAGCCGGCUGGGGCGACGCGGACUCCGCGCCCUCCCGGUUCGACCGGGUGUUGCUGGCCGGCUGGAGCGACCGCAUGGAGCGGGGGSUGUUCCGGUACCGGCUGGGACCGCUGCCCACCCGCGUCCUGCCCGGCUCUGUGCGCCUCGUGGCGCAGCUGAACGAGCAGCGCAGCGCCGAGCGCCGCCCGCCGCAGCCCGUCCGUAGCCUUCGGGACCCCUUCGACCCCGGCGCCUUCAACUUCACCCGGCUGCGCUCCGCAGAGCUGCUGUUCCGCCUGCGCCGCUCCGGGGGCCCGGGGCCGCCACCUGACCCGCUGCUGGUGGCCAUCAACGCCAGCCCGCUGGAGCGGGGACACGUCCUGCUGCUGCCAGAGCCGGCACGGCGGCUGCCCCAGGCGCUGACGGCCCCGGCGCUGCACGGGGCGCUGGAGGCGGCGCUGCUCAGCGCCCACCCGGGAUUCCGCGUGGGUUUUAAUGGGCUGGGCGGCGGCGCCUCGGUGAACCACCUGCACCUACACGGGCUCUACCUGAGCCACCCGCUGCCGCUGGAGGAGGCCCCGGCCGAGCCGCUGGGGCCACAUCUGGGGCUGCUCCGCGCCGGACCGGCCCCCGCCUUCCUUUUCUUCGCCGCCGGCCCCGCGGCGCUGGAGCCGGUGUCGCGGGCCGUGUGCCGGGCGGCGGAGCACCUGGACGGCGCCGGGCUGGCCUACAACGUGCUGGCCACGCGGGGUGACCCGCCGGCGGGGCCCGGGACCGGAGGCGGCCGCGGGCUGCGGGUGCUCCUGUGGGCGCGCCSACCCAUCUUCGGCCCCAAGGCGGGUGAGCCCUUCGCCGUGGCGUUGUGCGAGYUGGCGGGGCUGCUGCCGCUGCCUACCGAGCCGCUCUACCGGGACAUCACCGAGAUGCAGGCCCUGAGCGCCAUCCGCCAGCACCUGCUGCCCGAGCCCGAGCUGCUGCACCUCGGCGGGGAGCUGGCGCGUCUGCUGGAGAGAGAACCGAUGGCACCGGCCGCGGCUGGGCUGCUGCAAAGCUGA